UUUUUUUGUAUAAAACAAAGGCCUUUUGGCAGCGUCAAUAAACAAAUAUUAUUAUUGAUCAUUCACCAACAACAAACCCUUACUAUCAUCUAAACACUCAACAGCAAAUUAUCACUAUCAUUAGCAACAUCAAAAUGGUUUCAUCUAUUUCAUCCGCUUCGUCCUCUUCUCUCGAGUCUCUGGCCAAGAAGGAGCGCAAGAACAACAGCACGCAGUCCAAGCCCAAGCAGGUAGUUGACAACAUCGUUCACAAGGUGAAGCACGCCUUUGGCAAGGAGGAAGCCACCGAAGAAAACCGCCAAACUCCCGGCGCGUGGAACACCGCAGGUAACAAUGUCCCGUACACUGGCGCCAAUGUCGCGCACCACAACAAGGGCCCAGGCACUGGUGUCGCUGGAGUUGCCGGAGCCGCUGCUGGUGGGUACAAGGCUGCCGCUGAUCCUCGCAACCCGGGCGCGCACACUGCCCACCAGGGCGAUUACAAGGCGGCACACAAUGUCUGUGGCAAUGACAUUACCGGCCAGCACGACGGUGUAAUGCCCAACAUCGCCAGGGCUACUGGCACCAAUGACCACCAUAUUGGCGGCGCACACAACACUGGUGCAUUUGGCACCAAUGACCACAACCGUGCUCAACCUGCCGCAGACACUGCUGGGGGAGCUUUUGGCACCAACGACUACACACGCGCCAAUGUUCCCCCAAACGUCACUGGGCCCGUCGGUGCCAGCGACCACCAUAAUAGAGACUACAGCCCAGCUGGCCACAACUUGUAUGACACUGGCAUUGCCGCUCACAGCUCGAAUGACCGCCACGGUGGUGCUGUAGCCAACGCGGCCGGCAAUGUCGCCGCCAAGGUCGGUGAGGCCAAGCACGCAGUUAACAAAGCAAUGGGCCACGACCAGUCGCAUGAUUUGCAGCAGCCCCAAUACGAGUUUGGAACCGUCCAAAAUCGGACUGGUGUUCAGCAGCAGCCCUCGCUGCAGCAGCAGAUGGGAUUGGGCAAGCAAGACCCAGCUUUUGGGAACACCACGCUGAACAAUGAGCAUAGCAUUGGAAACACCAGACGCACUGAUGCCUACGGCGAGUCAAGCUUUUAAUUUGUAAUUUUUAG